GUCUUUGGAGUCGUCAUUUCCUGCCGGUGGCUGUGUGGACGGUGGGGGUCCUGGCCACCGGUUCUCUGCGUCUCCCCUUCCCCUACUUUCCUCCCUCUUCCCUCCCUCUCCCUCCCUCGGCGGCUGUCUGUCGCCGGUCGCAGACUCCCUGACCCAUCCCUAAACCUUUCCUGACCUCGGGAUUGGCCUCCUUUUCCUUUUCCCGGCCCAGCCCCAGCCCCAGUGUCAGGGAGGGGGCCUUAAGGAGCCGGAGGCACUGCAGUUAAGGAGAGAAGAACAAGACGACCCUCGGUUCCCCAUCCCACUUGCUGGGUUCGCUGCCGCCAUGGCCAUGAGGCAGACUCCACUCACCUGCUCCGGCCACACGCGGCCUGUGGUUGAUUUGGCCUUCAGUGGUAUCACGCCUUAUGGCUAUUUCUUAAUCAGCGCGUGCAAAGAUGGUAAACCUAUGCUACGCCAGGGGGAUACAGGAGACUGGAUUGGAACUUUUUUGGGUCAUAAGGGUGCUGUUUGGGGUGCAACAUUGAAUAAGGAUGCCACCAAAGCAGCUACAGCAGCUGCAGAUUUCACAGCCAAAGUGUGGGAUGCUGUCUCAGGAGAUGAACUGAUGACCUUGGCUCAUAAACACAUCGUCAAGUCUGUAGAUUUUACACAGGAUAGUAAUUACUUGUUAACUGGGGGACAGGAUAAACUGUUACGCAUAUAUGACUUGAACAAACCAGAAGCAGAACCUAAGGAAAUCAGUGGCCAUACCUCUGGUAUUAAAAAGGCCCUGUGGUGCAGUGAGGAUAAACAGAUUCUUUCAGCUGAUGAUAAAACUGUCCGCCUUUGGGAUCACGCUACAAUGACAGAAGUGAAAUCUCUAAAUUUUAAUAUGUCUGUUAGCAGUAUGGAAUAUAUUCCUGAGGGAGAGAUUUUGGUAAUAACUUAUGGACGAUCUAUUGCUUUUCAUAGUGCAGUAAGCUUGGACCCAAUUAAAUCCUUUGAAGCUCCUGCAACCAUCAAUUCUGCAUCUCUUCAUCCUGAGAAAGAAUUUCUUGUUGCAGGUGGUGAAGAUUUUAAACUUUAUAAGUAUGAUUAUAAUAGUGGAGAAGAAUUAGAAUCCUACAAAGGACACUUCGGUCCAAUUCACUGCGUGAGAUUUAGUCCUGAUGGAGAACUCUAUGCCAGUGGUUCUGAAGAUGGAACUUUGAGACUAUGGCAAACUGUAGUAGGAAAAACAUACGGCCUUUGGAAAUGUGUGCUUCCCGAAGAAGAUAGUGGUGAGCUGGCCAAGCCAAAGAUCAGUUUUCCAGAGACAACGGAAGAGGAGCUAGAAGAAAUCGCUUCAGAGAAUUCAGAUUCCAUCUAUAGCUCAACUCCUGAAGUGAAGGCCUGAAUAUCAUGCAUAUGCUACAAAUAGUAUACAAUUUACGGACUAAAACAGGCAGGCAGAGAAAAGCAUCAACCUUCUAGAGUUGGUCUCUGCUUAAGACAAACAUGGAGCAGUAAAUAAUGAGGUAUAUAGAGGGAUUAGCUCCAGUGCUCGACGUAACCUGGUGGUGUCUGUAAGUGAAAAUGCAAGAGUGCCCAGUGAAAGCAAAUGGAGUUAUGUUCUUAUAGUUGGAAGGUGUAUGUCUUUUUAAUGAAUACGUGAAAACCAAGAUUCAGUUUCUCUUAUUACAAUUAGGUUCUUGUAGCUGUUGAUGAUGAUAUGGUGGGAAAAAAAUAUAUUGUCCUAUUUUUCUGACUUUUCCCUUAAAGCAGAAAGCCUUUUUUUUUUUUUUUUUUUUUUUUGCUUUCAGUGUAAAGAGGGAAUACUAGUUUGAUCUCUCGUUCAUUGUAUACUGCUUCUGAACAUCUAAUUGUUUUUGUUAAUGUCUAAAUAAAAUGCCUCUAAAACAAAACAGUGUUUCUUGGGAAAAUUGAUAAAUAUGAGUUUUGUAAGUGGAAAUCACCUAUAUCAUAACUGUAACAAAACAGUCUGAUUAAAAGAAUCUGCAGUAAACAUUGUUUCCUAAUUUUGAAAUUCUAUUGUACUGAAUUUUUGAAAUUUACUUGGGUUGCAUUUACCUCCUUCCUUUUUAGACUGGAUAGAAGUGCUUGCCUUGCCUUAAAAUAAAAAACAAAAAAAAGCCCUUUCAGAAUAAUGACUUAUUUAAAUGAUACAUGCCCAGUUACAAGAAAAAAACCCUCUCGGAAUUAGCAGAAGGAUUGCAAAAAAAUCACUCAAAAUCCCACCACCCCCAAAAUCUAUUAAAAUUCCGUGAACAUUCAUGCACAUUACUGCAUCCCUAUGUGUAUAUAGGCAUAGAUAGCAAAGAUUUUAUAAAAAUGGGAUAACUGUAGACUUGCAAUGUUUAGUUUACUGUAUCCUUUAAGUUCAGAUGGCAUUCAAA